CGCGGACCGAGAGUUCACCACUCGCCACUGCAGUGAGAGCGACGACAGCUGGGGCCGCCUUCCCGCCUGCUUCCUGCAGCGCUGUCUCGCAACUACAUUCGCCGACGCCGACUCAGACCACCGCAUCCAGCCCGCUUCAAACCGAGGCUGGCAGUACGCUUUCAACGAGAGCAGAGAGAGCGGGAAUCUCUGACUUGGUGUUCGCGUCGGCUGCGGCCGACGGCGUGAAGUUCGCUGGAUCAACGCGGGGACUCGCAGCCACACCCUCAUCAGAGUCCGCCGAAUCUGAUACUGAGAUUCGAGAGUCGCUCGCGGAAGUGGAGGCGUUUGUAUGGAAGCGUCCGGACGUUAAUCCGCGCGUAAAGAGCAAGGGGCGCGGAAAGUUUGCAGUGUGCGAGGAGCUCGCUGGUGCCGAGCGCGUCAAGUCUCUCGUCGCAGCAGAAAGCCGGGCUCUCGAACACUACGUGCUUCCCAUCGAGCCACAGGCCUCCCACGAUGAUGAUGCGCUACUCUCGAACCCCAUGGAGCAGCGCGUGGUUGAGGCCAUCCAAAAGUAUCGCUUCGUAGACGAGUCGGCGUGUGCGCCGACGGUGGCUAAAGACAUGUUGUGCGCCGAAACAUGGGCAGGUGUAAGUCUGAUCGAAGAACAAGAAGAAGUGUGCGAUGCGCAGCAGCCGGCGAGCACGCGAAAUCUGAAGCGUGCCGCGGCGUCUUCGCUCGGCGUGGCGCUUCGCAUGAUGGUCUCGUCCACGAAAGCAGGUGAGUGGAUGGGAGUCCGCGGUACUACUUCGAGCCGAGCCACUACAAGUGCUGGUGACCGCCGUCCCGUGGUCGUGGUAAACGAGGGUCUGUUGCACCUCCUCACCGUGCUUCACACCGGAUACAUGCAGGAGCGAUUUCCGCGAUUCGAGUUCCACGUCUUUUUCGAUGCCGCUACGGGGCUCUUAUUUUUGUGGAAUUCAUUGCAAACGGGGUUCCCGGACCGGGUCGCGCAGCACGGCGCAGCGGAUGCCGAGAAAAUGGCUCGAAAGGCCGAGGCGAAGAGCCGAAUCGAUGAUCGUUUUGCCGAGCACGUCGUAGAAAGAGGAAGAGAAGCGAUGAAGGGUGGCAAUGUCAGUGACCAGGACGGAAGUUCGUUCUCGACUAGCUUGCGUAAAAUGAACUUCGGAAAUGACACAGAGCUGCGCAAUUACCCGUGCAGCCUGUUUCGCAUCGAGACCCUGGACCAAUUCUUUCCAGUGUUCGCGCCGAGAGCUGCCCACGAUCCGAGCUUCCUUGUCUUCGGCUGCAGCCCCAUGCUUUUCGUCCCGGGUCGCGCCACAGCCACAGGUGCCACAGCAGCACCUACAGCCGCGUCGAGCACAACAUCAAGAUCAGCAAGUAAAGUGAAAGACCACAAGAAAGCCCGAUGCUUUCUGCAGUGUCGCCGCGCAAAUCCGAGGACCAGGGCGGCCCACGCCUCGGGAUGGACGGACAAAAAAGCGGUGUCGAAGAUGUUUUAUGACGGCAGCGUCUACCGGCUGUACGCGAAGCUUGCUUGCGGCGGCUCUGGCGCCGCCGCGUUCGGCUUUCACGACGAAGCAGGAAAGGUGGAGAGCCUGCUCCGCAUCGAUUCGCUGGACGAGUACCGGCAGACCUUCAGCUACAGCCUCAACCACGAUCUGGCGCAGGGUGGCGAAGCGCUGGGAGGCAUAUUUGCAUGGCUGCUGGACAAUGUGUCGGCUAAAGUGCCGAACACGUGCGUCACCGUCGUGAAGGACGAUCUGCGCGGCGCCACGGCGGCCUUAGCGGGGACAAAAGGAAAGGCACAAGGAAAAGCGGGUGGUCGGAAGGGAGCUGGCAAGGCUUCCGGGGGAGCAGGGGACGGAUACGCAAGUGAGGUGCGGCUGCGGUUUGCAAACGCGAGGCUUGGAGUCGAUUAUAGCGAGGAAAUGCUAGCGAAGAUAAACGAGUUCUGUGAGAAGUGGAGAGAGGCAGAAGAGCUUUAGUCUGGGAAUCUGGGAGAGAUGGGUUUUUUUUUGAAGAGAUUUGAAGAUCUGGCCUGAAAUGAUUUGGAUUUUCCGAUGUUAUACGUAGCCGCAACGUCGCGCAAAAGUAAGAUGUAUAUUUCAGAGCUACCACGAUGAGCUUUUGUGAUAGCUGUCAUUGCCGUUCAUGCGAGACCAUGAUCAUACGAACGAGUGUCACAGUUCUGGGCUGGCCUUUCGGCUCCUCAUUCCUUUUUACCCAGAACCGUAAGCUGACGCCUCAGUCCUCAACAUUUCUAUCUCCGCAAGAUAUUUCAGCUUAAUUUAGGCCGCGCACAUAGAAUCAUAUAGCCAAUAGAAACAAUUCGGUCCACGAGCACUUCCAGCGCCAGCGCGCGCUUAUUGCUUUAAUUCUCCAUAUGAGGGCGCCACGCCAUAUGAGUUGUUCCAAUCUCACCUCAUUGUAUGCCCCAAAUCGGGUUCUGCUGGCUGCGUAUUUUGUUGGCAGAGAGGAGAAGAAGUUGCUGCUUUCUCCCGACAGCAGUCCUGGCAUGAUCACAGGACAGUGUAAGCACGCUGUAGGAGGAAUGUGAGUCGGUAUGUCCGUGUCAGACCAGAAUACCACCAGCACGUGACCAUACCUACGAACUGCUACUUGCACAGUGAGCAGAACAAGCAGGACUACAUUUAGGUGACCAGGUCAGCUCCUUGAUUUGUCGACGCCGCGUUAUUGGAAGUCUGAAUGCGUUGAGAGACACAUGACGAAGGACAGUCCAGACAAUACGCAGAUUAUCCUACUCAACACAAAUGUUGUAUAUCUACGCGCUACUUUGAAGUACAUUUACAAGGAGAAAAGCCA